AUGGUUUCUCUAGCAUAUGCUGAGCCUGUAGAAAUCAGACGUGGAAAAAAGUCAACUCACCUAACCAUUGGGCCUGAAAAAUACAAAUAUACUGGAUGCGAUAUAUAUCAUGUUCGUGCAAAUAAUAUGCAGGACCUGAUUUAUAAACGAGGUCUGACCAGUGUCAAUAAAACCUAUGUUGCUCCUGUUGCUAGUGAUGACAAGGAUAUGAAAGAUAAUUCAACGCGCAUGAUUAAAAAGUUCUCUCAUAGUGAUCAAAAUGGAAAAUCUGCUUCUAAACUGAAGGAAUUUGCCUCGAAUUCUUCUGUUCAUCGUGGCUCAAGCUUCUCUUCUUCAACUCAUAUGAGCAAUACUGAGAAAAAAAGAUAUAAAUCAAUUGAGGUUUUUACGCAAAUUAUAAUAAGUUUAGCUAAGUGUUUAUUUAUUAUGAAGCAACAUGCUGCAGAUUUUAAAAUGCAACAGCCUCUCCAGCACGAAAACCCACAAAUUUCUAAUACUAACGCACCAACGAUUCAUACGACACAAAAUACGUUAACUCCUCAAAUUAUAACAACACGCGGUACAAAUUCCACAAGAUUACAUUCCCCAAUUGUCAUGGGUUUUGCUGCCUGGGUGCAGCUAGCCGGAGCUGGAAUUGGUGCUGCAACAGCAGAAAUAAUUGCGACGCCAUCUUACAACAACUCCUCCAACAUGUCCGCCGUACCUGUAAUUACCAUAUCUGCUCCCUUAACACCUGACCCAUGCACUGAAGAACUCUUGGAAGCCUUAACAAUUGAACAACUGUCAAUGAUCGAAAGGACCAUGCAAUAUGUUAAAAGAAAGAAGGUUAAAGAAUCCAAAAAGCAAAACCCUUUGGAUGAAAUUUCUAAUGUUACCACUGACAUCGAUAGCCUUGUUGUUAAUAUUAAUAUGCAUAAUUCGACUACACAAAAUGCCAAUUUCAAAUUCUACAUCAAUUUCACCGGAUCACCUAAUUACGACCCACGUAUAUUGUAUAUUCUUAAACCUUCUUAG